AUGGGGAAGACAAAGAACUGGAGCAGUGGUCUCUGCAGCUGCUGUGCUGAUAUAAACACUUGCUGCUAUGGUUUCUGGUGCUGUCCUUGCCUUGCCUGCAAUGUUGCAGGGAAUUUUGGAGAGAAUUCCUGUCUCCCAGUAUGUGACGUGUUAAGUCCUGCAGUUUUUGCUGCCUGUGGGAUACCUUUGUGCGUUCCCCCUGCAGCCUUGUCUCUUAGGUCUGCCAUGAGGAACAAAUAUGACAUUAAGGGCUCUCUCUGUAACGACAUUGUCGUUUCCUGCUUCUGUGUGUGCUGCUCCUGGUGUCAGAUGCAUCGACAGCUGAAGCAUAAAGACAAGAAAGAAACGGAGGUUGUCCACAAGCAACCACAAACUGUCAUCAACCUGCAGACUAGUACAUCUACCUCGAUGUCAGUGGGAAAGUGA